GUAUGUGUGUCGGCCGUCAGCCGAAUAACAGAGUUUGCUCCUCGCCUCGGCCGGGACCAAAGCAGCGCUCAGCAUCCUAAAGACUGACCCGGGAUCCGCUCCGAAGGGAUCCAUGGCCUGACCUGUACCCGGCGGCGGAGCAGCUGCAGCCGAAAGCCAGCUUCGAGAUGCUCCGAGCUCUCUUCUGCAGCCGCACAAUAACACCGACAGCGGGCCGGGGACACGAUGCUUUUCAGACGGAGAGCCAGGAUGUUGCGGUGGCUGGUUCGUGGUCGGGUGGGUCCAGUCUGGAUGUGGAAAGCGCUGCUGCUCUUCGUUGCCAUUGGCUUCGCUGGCCAGCUGUUGGGGGUCAUCUUCAACAAGAGCAGUGUCCAGACAGCUGGUCGCUCUAUCUUCACAUCCCCUGAUGCCCAGGGGCCCUCUCUGGGCUCCUGUCAGCCCCACACCCACAUCAUGUUCCUCAAGACCCACAAGACGGCCAGCAGCACCGUGCUGAACAUGCUGUCCCGCUUUGGGGAGGAGCGAGACCUCCACUUCGCCUUGCCACUGGGCUACCAGCUGGGCUACCCGCUCCCCUUCAACGCCCACAGGGUCAAAGGUUACCGAGGUCCCAGGGCCGUGGAGUUCCACAUCAUGGGCAAUCACAUGAGAUUUAACAAGCCCGAGGUGGAGAAGGUGAUGCCUGCAGACACGUUCUAUUUCUCCAUCAUCAGGAACCCGGUCGCUCUGGCUGAGUCCUCCUUCGCCUAUUAUAAAGAGGUAGCGCCUGCCUUUCGGAAAGCCAAGACCUUGGGCGACUUUGCUGACGACCCUAAGAAGUACUACGACCCUCGUCUCCGCAACAACCACUACGCCCGCAACCUGUUGCUGUUUGACUUUGGCAUGGACCACAAUGCCAAUUUCUCGGCGACGCUGGCUCAGCGCGCCGAGGAAAUGAUCCGCCAGACCUUCAGGUUGAUUCUGGUGUCCGAGUACUUUGACCAGUCCAUGAUCCUGCUGAGACACGGCCUCUGCUGGCCGCUGGACGCCGUUGUCUCGUUCAGCCUCAAUGCCCGGCAGCAGAAGCUCAGCGGCAUCGGGGGGAUGAACGGUGGCUGGGUGGGCAAAGUGGCGACGGCGGCCGGUGUCGGUGGAAAAGGGGGACGCUCACAAGCCAAGACACUGACCAAUGUAACGGAGGAGCAGCGGGAGAAGCUGCGGCAGUGGAACGCCCUGGACUGGCAUUUAUACAAAUCUUUCAACCGGACCUUCUGGGAAGAAAUAAACCGGUUCGGUCUCGCCCAGAUGGAGGAGGAAGUAGCUCUUCUCAGGAUGCGGCGGGAAGAGUUGGCCCAGGUUUGUCUCAGGGACGGCGGAAAGCCUGUGGAGGCGCAUCGGAUCCGAGACAGAAACAUCCGCCCGUACCAGAGUGGGUUGGUGAAGAUUCUCGGCUACGAGCUCCAGCCAGGGCUGGACAACGCCACAAGGACGGCCUGCCUGAGGAUGAUCCGGCCCGAGAUACAGUACAAAGACGUGCUGGAUGCAAAGCAGUUCCCGCGGCCUGUGGCGGCCCAAGCCCAGCCUGAGGCCCAGAACCAGGUUCUGGCGGUCGCAGCCGGCGGCUCUCUUUUAAGACAAGACUCGUCCAGGACAGGAGAGAGGCCGGUGGGUGGGGGGGCUGCGGGGAGAACUGUGGAGGAGGGGGAGAGAGACUGGGACGGAAACCGCUUAAUGAGGAGGAACCAGACUUUGAUAGGGGGGCAAGAUAAAGGACGAUUGAGUUGAGGUUUGAGGCGAGUCUGGUUCCUGAAUUCAGUACCGUUGGUCUCUGAACAGACGGACUAAUGAAACUGAGCCGAUUGCGAUUUACACAAGACGACAAAAGCACUCCUCCUUUGCACUUCCACUUUUUCAGUUGUUUGUUUGUCUCUUCUUUUAGUCGGUGUAAUUCUCGUGGACUACUUGACCCUUUGGAUGAAAGGACCACUUUUGUUUUUAUAUAAGAAAAGGCGCUUUUUCGUGCUGCCAGUAGCUUCUGCUUUGUUAGUUAUUUAUCGACGCAUGGAAGCCUUUUUUAUUCCCUGUUCAUUGUAACACUUUUAAGAGUGAUGAUUUUCACGUUGUCCUCGGCGCACAUGCUGGAAACUUCUGGACGUAAAGGUCCACGCAGCCCCAGUCUUUGCCUCUCAUGCAGUGCCACUACAAACAUAAAUACCUGGCAAUCUUUGAAAAACAUUCCAAAGUUGUGACUGCAUUUGUGAAUCAACCGCAGCUGUAAAUGUCAGCUCAAUGUACAAAAUUCUUUCAUAUUUAUUGCCAGUCAUGCUUGUCGAAAUGGAUUUUUCCUUUCAAUUAGUUUAUCUUUCAAUGCAAAAUAAUGUACAAAAACAAGCAAUAACAUUUGUUAUUUCUCUCCAUCCGAAUAAGGAAACAGUUGCAACUUGGGACUAUCGAUAAAAACAUCUCUGUUCUUUUCGUAAUUAGUUUCCAUUCAGAGUGACGAUACUAAAUAUCGUUAAACCACCUUUUGGGUUGUUCCAAAGAUUGCAUGCUUUGCUCUGUGACUCUGAUAACACAUGAGAGGCACAAACUGGGGUCAGAGUAGGGUCCAAGAUCAAUAUCCCUUUGUGAAGUCACUAUAGGCUGCUACUUGUUCAUGGACAAAACAGAAUUAGGAUACGCGUUCUAUUGCUCUGACGCAAACUCUUGCUCGGCUCGUCUUCGGAGUCGACACCGGGUCACUGGCUCUGGACGGGGCUCGGUGUCGACCGGCUUCUUAAAUAUCUCUUAAUAAUACAGGAAGGGGAAAAGGAUCCGAGGCCUGGGUUCCUGUUCAGCGGUGCCUGAUACUAGCCGGCCUGCAGGAGUCGGUUUAAUAUUAGCAGUUUGGGAACAUUCCUUCCUUCCACGGUGUGCGGAGGUAGCCGCGCGACACAUGCUGGGGCGUUACCAUGGAGACCCAUUGCAAGAGGAAAUUAAUAUCGUCGUGAGCCAAAAUAAAUCUUGAGGCUGCUGCAUGAUAAAGUUGAUGCUUUAUAAUGACUUCAGCUCCCCAGAAUGCCUUUCCAGAUUCACUCUGAGCAGCAAGUCGGCAGGUAUUCUGGGAAUGUUAGCUUGCUGUGUGGUCAGACAGGCCACGAAGACACACUCCAGCUCCCACACGAAGCCAAGCCACGGAAAAUAACAUUCAAAUCCAUCAACUAAACAACGAAAGCCAAUCAUAAGCAAUGCAUCGAGAAACAAGACCUAAAAAAUAGGCAAUACAUCAGAAUUUAGAAUCUUUUAUUGGCCAAGUACUUGCACAUACAAGUAUGUCAAACAUACAACUCGCAUCUAAGAAAUAAAACAUUAUAUUAAGGCCAUUUUAGGUGUAAAGGAACUAUAGAGACUGGGGAAGAGGCUGCCAUUAUAAAUAAAUAAAGAAGAAAACAACGAAAUUAAAGUGGUAAAUUACCGAGAGAGAAACCCACAGAUUUACAAGACAAACUCGUACCGUCAAAGAACCACAUCGCUUCCCUCUGCGUUAACGCUGACCACCGCAUGCAAAACUGCGCUGUCACCAGCCGCCUCAAGUAGGUGGUCGGUGGGAUGGCACAUAUGGUCUCUGAGGCGCUCUGUGCAAAUGCACUUCAUCAGACCCGACUGCCAUGAUUAGGUUGAUGCAACAUUGUGAAGCAAAAAUACAUUUUUCAGAGUUUUAUUUUCUUCUGAAAUGUAUUAUCUUUAUAAUCUGAGAUUAUAAUCUUAAACAUUAUUAGCGCAAUGGUGCUAAAAAGAUUUUCUUAUGUGGUGGGCAGAAAGCAGACUAUAUAUAACUAACGUAACAAUAAAUAUAUAACGAUAAUAUAUAUAUUAUCGUUAAAUGAGCUGUGGUAGCUUUCCGUAUCAAAUGACCACCAGCCUUGAGUGAGAAGCUGUAGAUCUUCAUGACCCUGAAGGCUCGUCCUGGUCCUGCGUUGUUCUGCUGAGAGUCUGCAGACCAUUGCUACCUCUCAGAGACCAGCUCUCACUCCAGUCCUCCGUGUAGCUGCAGUCCAGCAGAACGGACAGAGAAAUGUUUUCUUUUCGACGUUUUGAUGAAAAUGGAUACUGUGGUUCAUUGUGAUAAUUCAGCACUUCGGAUCAGAGCACGCAUCCCUGCAAGGAGUGGGACUCCAUGUUUACACUGCUGGGAGAGGUGGGGACAAGAGGAAGUGUUGUGUGCAAAAAUAUAUACAAACAGGGGAAAUCUGUUAAAAAUGAAGACCUGGUUCUGGACAACCAUGUUGAAAUGUCAUUCUUUAAUUUAACGUUUUAAAGUUGCUAAUUUUCCUUCACAUGUUGUGUUUAAAAAGU